CGCCCCCGCCCCGCCAGCGCCGCGACUCGCCAGGAGCAGGAUGCGGCGGCGCGGGGGAGAAACUGCACAAAUGAAUACGAUCCCCUUUCUUCCUGGACACUGAGCUGAGGAAUUUCAUCAUGGGUCAGCACUUUUCAAAUCAGACACAAACUGUUAUUAACAAGAUACCAGAAAAGGUAGCAAAACAUGCAGCUCUGGUUCGCGAAAGUGGUUUCCUGACAUAUGAAGAGUUUCUGGGAAGAGUAGCUGAAAUUAAUGAUGUAACGGCAAAGUUGGCUUCUGGACAAGACAAACAUCUAUUAUUUGAGGUGCAGCCAGGUUCUGAUUCCUCUGCUUUGUGGAAGGUGGCAGUUCGGAUAGUCUGUACUAAAAUAAACAAAACAAGUGGCAUCGUAGAAGCUUCAAGAAUCAUGAACCUGUAUCAGUUCAUUCAGCUUUAUAAAGACAUCACCAGUCAAGCAGCAGGAGUUCUUGCGCAGAGCAGUGCCUCUGGAGGAACUGCUGAGACUUUCACAUCUGUGUCAUCUUGUCAGGCCAGUUUAUGGAUGGGAAGGGUUAAACAGCUGACUGAUGAAGAAGAAUGUUGCAUCUGUAUGGAUGGACGUGCUGACCUUAUCCUACCAUGUGCUCACAGCUUCUGUCAGAAAUGCAUUGAUAAAUGGAGCGAUCGUCACAGGAACUGUCCUAUCUGCCGUCUUCAGGUGACUGGGGCAAACGAUUCUUGGGUUGUGUCGGAUGCGCCUACAGAAGACGAUGUUGCUAGCUACAUACUUAAUAUGGUAGAUGAAGCAGGGCAGCCUCACAGACCCUGAUACCAGUGACUAAUAGUAGAAGCACUUGGAGGUUUUCUUUGUGUGACUUCCCACUUCCCCCUUACUUUGACACUGUUCUGCACUUUGUUUAAAAUAGGAGUCGUCUUGGCUGCUAUGGAUUUACACUGUUCUUUUAAAACACAGGAUACAUGACCCAAUACAUCUGUAAGCAUUCUUAACGUUUUAUGUAGUUUCUUAUUAAAUGCUCUAAACUAUUUUGAUCGGUGACAGUAGCAAAGAUUGUCUGCCCGUUUAAUUUUUUUUACGUGAUUUAAAAAACACUGGUAUAGAAUCGUUUGUCAGUUGAACCAUAACAGCACAGCUAUGUUUUGUGGUAACCAAGUACCUGAUUAUAUACUGUUCCCAGAAGGGCCUGACCCUGUAGCCCUUAUCUUGAUAAGUAAUUCUGCUGAUUUUAAAUGGGCCGACUAACAUGAAUAGAGAUUGUUAGUUAGGAUUAAACAGUUAUUCUUAAACCAAGGCUUUGCUGCUGAAAUUUGAGGGCUAUCCAUUGCCACCUAUGCUCAGUUAUUGCUGCUUUUUUUUUUAGCAUUUCCAUGUAUUGACUUUAAACUAGCUGAAAUUUAAGUAUAAACUUUUAAUUCUAUUUUCGUAUAGUACAAAAACAGCUAUGACAAGCUAUUUGUGCACUUCCCUUCUUUCCUAGUAAACAAAUGGAAGUGAAGUAAAAAGUAAAACUUAGCAAGUUAUUUUAUUCACUACUCAUUAGAACAGCCUCAUUAGUUGCAGAACUUUAAACAGCUUCACGUGCAGUCCGAAAAGGAUAAAUUAAUGUAUCAGCAGCUUUUUAAACCGGCAACAGCCAAUUUUUCCUUUUUCCUUAAAAACAUCUGAAAAGGACCCCUGGAAAGUAGUUACUCAGGUUUGGUUUACUUUUGAUAUUUUAGUUUUCUCCACUUUUUUUCUGAGUUUUCAAAGUCACAUCAUUAUCCAUGUAAAGUGUGAUUAUAAGCUAACAAAUGGUGCUGUACUUUCUGCAAGUGCAAUAUACCUUUCUGUAGUGGAGAUAAACUACUGCUUUGAUAAUGGCUUCAUUUUUCUUUCUAAUGGAAUGUGCAGUUAUGAAAACUCAGGAAAAGAACAGUAAUGAUUAGGAAAACAAGGCUAUACUUCUGUAGCAAAAUCAUCAACCAUUAUCGGUGUUGUCUGAUUUGUCAGUAAACUAGUAAUACAUUUUGAAGUCUGUUUUACAUAAAUAACACCUUGGAAAACUACUGGCUUUGUAAAGAAUGAGUUAAUUAAUAUAAUUGGCGGCUUUUUGUAAUUAAUAUGUAGUCUGAUUUGAGUCCGAGUCAGACACAUUUACACACAGCUGAUCCAUUCAGUGAAAUUCUUGUACAUCGUAAAAAUUAAACCAUACUGGCUGUACCUGCUAAAACUCAUUGAUGUCUUAAAGCUAAAAAAAAAAUUCUGCAUUGAUAAUGGGUUCUGUGCUUCAGAGAUGCAUGUACACAUGCACAGCAUUCUGUAAAAUUGAUUACAGAAGAGUAACUAGUAAAAAUAGUAGGGAACAAAUCUUAAAAGAGGCUUGUCAUCUUUUUAAUUGCAGGACUUGUAUGAAAUAUGACACACAUUUAAAUUGGACUUAUGGCACAGGUGUCAAAUUCAAAACAAACAACAGAGACAUCUUGUACAAACCACCCCUACAGUCAGUAGGGCUUAUUGUGUAAUUUUGAAACAUUUCUUGAAAUGAAUGCAUAUCAAUAAAACUGUACCUUCUUCACUUUAAUUCCUAUCAGUGAAACCUUCUGGAUUUUUCAGAAAAAAUUGUGGACUACUUGCUGCAUUAAGCAUAGUAUAACAUCUCUUAUAUUGAAAAUCAUAAAUAUUUAAGGUUUUACUACUAAUAUUUAGCAAUACAUUUCAAACCAUAAAGCCUUUUACUCCUCUUCCUUUCCACCUUAGUAUUCAUCCACAUUCAGGACUUUAAGAUAACAUUUGUUUUUGGUUUAAGUAUUUUUAUAUGAUUGAAGCACAAACAAGCAUCUAGCAUCAUUACAGCUUCAAACUGCUAUUUUUUUGUUUUCAAACGGUAAAAGAAAAAAUACUACUGAACGGACACACAUGGUGAGUUUCUGCUGAGAACUUUAAUGAUGCAGCCUGAGUAUUAACUGCAAAGUAGUGAUCCAUAUAAUCACACCUCGAACUUAGCAAAAACUGUAAAUUUGUUUUAAAUGGAAAAAUAUAAGCUUUAUAUUCUGUACAGCUUUUUAAAUAAGCUACUUUAAUGCACACUGCUGUGAUGUAGGUUCUUUAAUGUAAUGUGUGCCUUGUAAAAUGUAUGUACUGUAUGUUACAAAGGAUGUAGUUUGCGUUACCACUAAAAAUGUCUAGUGUGGUAGCGGUGAUAUUUCACUGUCUGAGAUACUACAUUUAGCUGACUGGAAUCUAGAAAAGAAUACAAAUCAAGAUGACUUGAACUGAGUAGUGGGUUCUGAAAAUCUGAUCGUGAAUGUGAAUUAAUGUAAAUAGCUCUUGGGUGGCAUAAAAUUGCAAUUUUGUUCUGUAGUAUUGCAGCAAAGAUUUCUUAAAGGUUUGAUAUAAAGAUGAAACUGAAAUGCUAUAGAUUGUAGAAUAACUUGUGCAAUAAAGACACUUUGGAAGAAAA